GGCAUAAACUUUGCCUGGCUGCAAUUUUCUCUCUGAUUGGUAUUUUUUUGUGAGACUUCUAAGAAAAAGGGAUAUGUAGUGAGAUCUGGACUGUUGACUGUAGGGUUAUUUACUUGGUGGAUUAUCUAUAAAAGAUUUAUAACAGAUUAGUUUUUGGUUUUGUUUUAUGCCACCCUCAAAAUUUCUGGGCCGUGGAUGUGCUAAAGAAUUUUUUAAUUAACUAAUUAAUUAAAACUGGAAUCUCACAGCAUGGCAGCUGGCAUCCCAGAGUGAAAGAGGGUGACAAGAUGGAACCUAAUCUCAGAAGUGAUAUCCCAUCACCUCUCGUGAAUUCUGUUUGCUAGAAGCAGGUCAGCAAAUCCAGUCCAUACUUGAAAGGAUUACGCAAGGGCAUGAAUAACCAGGAUAUGGGAAUUAUUAAGAGCAUUUUAUAAACUGCCUGUUGUACCAAGUAAACCCUAGAGAUCUCACCAGAAUUUUUGUGUGUGUGUUUUAUUCUAGUUCUCUACCAUAAAUGCCCCCAAGGCAGUCUAAAUGUACAUUUUUUUUGCUACCAAUUAUAGUUCUUAACUAUUAAUCUUUAUUUAUUUAUUUUUGCAUCUUAUUUUUAGUUUUCCCUUAUAUUUAGUUUAUCCAGGGCCUGAGAUGAACUCUACUGCCUCAUGGUAUUUUAUCUUCUGCCUCUGCUGUUAGUCAUUUUGAAUAUGUCCCUAGCACCUUGUUCAAAUUUUUGAGAGAGAGAAGGUGGGUAGGGAGGGGAUAUAGUAUGUUUUGAAUAUACCUCCCUCAUCUGUGAACACAGUUUAAGCAGUGUGGAUAUCUAAAUACUAUUGUAGAUGUUUAUUGAAUAGAAGAUAAUAGAAUAUUUCUCAUAAAAUUAGAAAACUUUGAGAUAUACAGACUUUGAGGAGAGAAUUAUAUGGAAAUCUCUACUUUUUUUUUAGACAUUACACAGUAAAGUAUAAAAAAGGCAAACAUUUCUUUAUAGUCAGUUCUAUGCCCAUAAUGGGGCUUGAACACAUGACCUUGAGAGCAAGAGUUGCAUGCUUUACUGAUUGAGCCAGUGAGGCACCCCCAAACAUCUAUAUUUUUAUCACACAGAAUUAAUAACAAUUAACAUUUGUUCAUUUUGCAUUUAAGUCUUUUUCCCCCAGGUAAUAAAGUUUGUAGUUGAAACUCAGCUCCUCUUAAACCAUCACUCUUAGUUCUGUUUCAUGGAACUUACCUGAUGUGCAACUACUGUUACAGAUUUGGUUUCCAGUAAUUAUCUGCAGGAUUCGCCAUGACCCCAGCUCUGAGGGAGGCAGCAACAAAGGGUAUCUGCUUUUCAUCUUUACCAAGUACCAUGGAGUCUGACAAGAUGCUAUGCAUGGAAAGUCCAAGAACUGUAGAUGAAAAGCUCAAGGGAGACACUUUGUCUCAGAUGCUGGGAUUUCCAACUCCUGAACCUACUCUUAACACUAACUUUGUGAAUUUAAAACAUUUUGGCUCCUCUCAGUCUUCAAAACAUUAUCAGACAGUUCUUUUAAUGAGUUCUAAUUCUACAUUAAAUAAAUACAGUGAGAAUUACAAACAAAGGAAAUUAGGGGAACCCAAUUGUAAUAAGCUGAAAAACCUACUGUGUAAUGGCAGCAAUAUUCAGCUUAGUAAAAUCUGUCAUUCUCAUUCUGAAGAGUUCAUCAAAAAGGAACUUCUGUCAGAUAGCACAAGCCAGUGCAUGACAGAUGUACAAAUUAUUUUGGAUUCAAAUAUAACCAAAGACACUAAUGUAGAUAAACUACAACUGCAAAACUGCAAAUGGUACCAAAAGAGUGCACUUUUGGAUAAAGUUACUGAUGCUGAAAUUAAAAAGGGCUUAUUGCACUGUGCUCAAAAGAAAAUUGGGCCUGGCCACUCAAAUGUGCCUAUUAGUUUCUCAGCUGCUGAAAAAGAGGAGGAAGUGAAUGCUCGUUUACUUCAUUGUGUAAGCAAACAGAAAAUGUUACUUAGCCAGGCUAGAAGAACUCAGAAACAUUUACAGAUGCUUCUGGCAAAGCAUGUUGUUAAGCACUAUGGUCAACAAAUGAAAUUUUCUCUGAAACAUCAACUCCCUCAAAUGAAGAUCUUUCAUGAACCUACCACAGUUUUGGAUAGCAGUUUACCUAAAUACACUGAAAUUAAGCCAGAAGUCAGCAUGUUGACUGCAGAGAAUAAAUUGUGGAGUGAUACAAAAAAUGGCUUUGCACGGUGUACAGCUGCAGAAAUCCAAAGAUUUGCACUGUCUGCUACAGGGCUGUUGUCUCAUGUUGAAGAAGGUCUGGAUUCUGAUGCAACUGAUAGCAGCUCUGAUGACGAUUUGGAUGAAUAUACCGUUAGAAAAAAUGUGGCAGUUGACUGUAGUACUGAAUGGAAGUGGCUUGUAGACAGAGCUAGAGUUGGCAGCAGAUGGACGUGGCUUCAAGCCCAGAUUUCAGAGCUCGAAUACAAAAUCCAACAACUAACGGAUGUUCACAGGCAGAUUCGUGCAUCCAAGGGGAUAGUGAUCCUAGAAGAAUGUCAACUUCCAAAAGACAUUUUGAAAAAACAAAUACAAUUUGCUGACCAAGCAGCUUCAUUAAAUACUACAGGGAAUCCCCAGAUUCCCCAAGAGAGUCAAGAUCCUUUACCAGAACAAGAUUUUGAAAUGUCACCAAGUAGCCCUACACUUCUUCUUCGCAACAUAGAAAAACAGAGUGCACAGUUGACUGAGAUCAUCAACAGUUUGAUUGCCCCUCUCAACUUGUCCCCAACUUCAUCACCCCUAUCCUCCAAAUCCUGUAGCCAUAAAUGUCUGGCUAAUGGCAUUUCCAGGAGUGCUUCAGAGAAUUUAGAUGAGCUCUCUUCCUCCAGUAGCUGGUUACUUAACCAGAAGCACAAUAAGAAAAGGAGAAAAGACAGGACAAGAUUGAAAUCUCCAUCCUUGGCUAUCAUGAGUACAGCUGCUCGAACAAGGCCACUUCAGAGUUUCCACAAACGAAAACUCUACCGAUUGAGCCCUACUUUUUAUUGGACACCGCAGACUUUGCCUUCAAAAGAAACAACGUUUUUAAAUACUACACAAAUGCCUUGCUUGCAGUCAGCUUCAACUUGGAGUAGCUGUGAACACGAUUCAAAAUCUCAGAUAUUAAGAGAACAUGUAUCAGAAUUGGACUCUUCUUUCCAUUCUGUCCUAUCAUUGCCAUCAGAUGUGCCUCUUCAUUUUCACUUUGAAACACUGUUUAAAAGGACUGAAAUAAAAGGAGAUCUUGCUGAAAAUAAAUUUAUAGGAGACUGUGUCAUAGCUCCAUCACCUGUACAUAAUACUUCUCUGAAUCAAUGGAGAAAUGGAUAUUCUCCUACAUGCAAGCCUCAAAUAAGGUCAGAAUCUUCUGCACAGCUGUUCCAGGGAAGAAAGAAAAGACACUUGAGUGAAACAGCAUUAGGAGAAAGAACUAGAUUUGAAGAAUUUGCUUUUCAACGCACAGAACCAGGAUCCCAUAGCAAUUUUACUGCUGUUACUAAUGUCAAUGUUAUAUCAAGAACCCAGAAUUCAUCAUCACAAAACACCGCACGACGGAGGCUGAGAAGCGAGAGCUCCUAUGACAUAGAUAACAUUGUGAUUCCCAUGUCAUUAGUGGCCCCAGCUAAGUUAGAGAAACUCCAAUAUAAGGAAAUACUUACUCCAAGCUGGAGGAUGGCUGUUCUUCAGCCUUUGGAUGAAUAUCAUGUAGGUGAAGAGGAGGUAGAAGAUCUUUCUGAUGAAGUCUUCUCCCUAAGACACAAAAAAUAUGAAGAGAGAGAGCAAGCCAGAUGGUCACUAUGGGAGCAAAGCAAGUGGCAUAGAAGAAACAGCAGAGCCUACAGUAAGAAUGUUGAAGGACAGGACUUGCUUUUGAAAGAAUACCCUAAUGACUUCCGUGGUGGUCAGCACGGUGCUGCUGAAAGUCCUGCUGAGCUUCCUUCAGAGAGCCAGGAUCUGAGUGCACAGGGCUCACCUUCAUUAAAUGAAAGUCAAGAAACCAAGUCUUUGUGGUGGGAACGACGGGCUUUUCCGCUGAAGAAUGAAGACACAGAAGCCUUACUAUGCCAGGAUGAAAAAAAGGAUCACAGUGAAAGUUCGAGCCCAGCCUCCUGUGGUGAAAUCUUCUGUACCAGUGCACCAGAGAACGGUCACCAUCCGAAAAGGCAGGCAGACGAAAUGGAAGAGUACAAACCUUUUGGUCUAGGACUUACUCAUGUUAAAAAAAAUAGGUGACAGGGAACAGGUUAAGAAAAGUACGUAAGUGAAUGGAAGACAAGAGAAAAAAAAUAAGCCCUGUUCUCCAUCCCCUACCCCCUUCAGUCACGAUUCCAGAGUAAGAGCAUGUACUGCAUGUGUUAAUCUUUUAUGCUGUUAUAAAACAGGCAAGGUAGGUCUCUUUUUCCUUCUUGAACCACAGGAAUAACUAGCUUUUCACCUACAGACAAGUGCUAGUCUUUUGUGUUUAUGACGCAAAUCACAAGCACCAAAAAAUUAACUGCUGCAAUCUGAUGUUAAAUCACAUUACUGGGUAAAUGGUUUUUGAAAGACGUUAUACCCACACAUACAUAUAUAUACAAGUAUACCUGUGCAUCAAAUGACAGCUCUUUUUCCUAUACAUUUCUAUGUAAUUUCUAUGGUUCCUUAAAGUUGCCUCAGAGGUAUAUUUGAAUAUACAAGCAUGUGUGUAUAGAGUAUACAUUCAUAUCCACACAUGUUGUUUUAAAAAACACUGGCAGUGGCCACUCCACUUGAAAAUGCAUGUAUGAGCUAUGCC